GGCGGCGGCGGCGGCGGCGGGAACGGGCUGGUGGGGCCCGGAGGGGGCGGGCCCGGCGGGGGCCUGCUGCCUUCCGCGCCUCCCUACGGGGCUGGAAAGCUGGCCCCGCCCCAAGCGUUCCCCCCUUUCCCAGAGGGGCACCCGGCCGUGCUGCCCGGGGAAGACCCUCCCCCGUACUCGCCCCUGACCAGCCCGGACAGCGGCAGCGCCCCCAUGAUCACCUGCCGCGUCUGCCAGUCUCUCAUCAACGUGGAGGGCAAGAUGCACCAGCACGUGGUCAAGUGUGGCGUCUGCAACGAGGCCACCCCAAUUAAGAAUGCCCCCCCCGGGAAGAAGUAUGUGCGCUGCCCCUGCAAUUGCCUCCUCAUCUGCAAAGUGACAUCCCAGCGCAUCGCCUGCCCCCGGCCUUACUGUAAAAGAAUCAUCAACCUGGGCCCCGUGCACCCGGGCCCCCUGAGCCCAGAACCGCAGCCUCUAGGUGUCAGGGUCAUCUGUGGCCACUGCAAGAACUCCUUCCUGUGGACAGAGUUCACCGACCGCACUCUGGCUCGUUGUCCGCACUGCAGGAAAGUCUCAUCCAUUGGGCGCCGCUACCCCCGCAAGAGGUGCAUCUGCUGCUUCCUCCUGGGGCUGCUGCUGGCCAUCACGGCCACGGGCCUUGCCUUUGGGACAUGGCAGCAUGCACAACGGUACGGGGGCAUCUACGCGUCCUGGGCCCUGGUCAUCCUGCUGGCCGUGCUCUGCCUGGGCCGGGCCUUCUACUGGGCCUGCGUGAAGGUCAGCCACCCCGUCCAGAGCUUCUCCUGAGUUUGCCGCCCCGGCCCACGCCCGCAGACUCCCUGUGGGCCACGGAAACACUACAGCCCCCCCCGGGGUGUGGGGGGCCGGAAGCUCUCCGCUCCCCAGGGGGCCGGGGGGCAGGAGCCAGGAGGCUUCCACUGGUGAGCGGGGAAGGGAGGGGCCUAGGGCCCGGAACCACUAAAACUGUGGUGGGAGUGGGGGAUUCCUAGCUGUCCAACCCCUGCUCUGCCCCACCUCAUCCCUCACACAUUCCCAGCUGGAGGGGGGCUUGGGGUUCACCACCCUCCCCUUCUCUCCCC